CAGGGGUUACAUUUCUUGGAAUGAUGACAUGGACAAGGCUCUUCUUGACACAUUUGUGGAGUACUAUAACAAGGGUGAAAGAUGCCAGAAUGAGUGGAAGUCUCAUGUCUAUACAACUGCUAUCAAGAAUGUCCGAGAAAAGUGUAAUGUGGAUAUCUCAAAAUACAACAUCAUGGUGAGGAACAAGACCUUUGACAAACACUACACUAUCAUCAAUGGUAUGCUGGAAUCAAUUGGAUUUGGUUGGGAUUGGAACAAAAACAAAAUAUCUGUUGAUAAUGAUUCUGUAUGGGAAGAAUAUGUGGCGAAAAACAAAGAAGCUUCUGGGUAUAGGCACAAGACUGUCUUGUACUGGCACUCAAUUAGCUUGGUGUUUGGCAAAGACCAUGCUACCGGUGAAGCGGUAAGGACUGCAACUGAGAGCUCAAAAGACAUGAGUAAGGAAGAUCUUAGUAACAAAGAGCCCACAUCAUCGGCAACUUCAGGAAGUUUAAAGAGGCAACGGUCAGGUGACUCUUUUACCUCUAUGAUAGCUGAAAAAAUGGACAAGUUCGCUAAAGCACUCAAGGAGGAAGCCUUUAGAGGCCCAACAUCAAAAGAAAUUCUAGACACACUGAAUGAAGUAUAA